GUGCGGUGUGCAGUGAUGUCCGCGUCCGCGCCCCACGCCCACGGGCGCACCCCCGUGCGGCGCAGGGGGCACCAACACCACCCGCGGCUGAGGGGCGACCGCGUACCCGCCCCCGGGGCCUCCACAAAUACGACUCCGUCCAAACAAGUGACCUUAGACACUCAAAUAGACGAUGUUGUGCCUUGUGUCAAUAGUGUUAGUGAAUCUCAAGAACUGACAAGGACGAAUAGUGACGACGCACUUUCGAAUCGAAAUACAAUCGAGGACUCGAAUAUUGAUGAUGAGAUUGAGUUUGAUGUUAGAAUUAUUGGUGCAGAAUCGAAUGGAAGCUCGGAUGAUGAAUUUUCGUUUAAGGAAGAAAGGUCCGCGGGUGACGGAGCCGAAAUGACUGUAAUUGCCUCCGAUAUUUCGGACGAUGAUCCAGAAACCGCGGAACUUGCAAAACUUAGGUGUACUAGUGAAUGUACAGAAGUCUUGGCGGCUAGAGAAAACCGUCGCAGAAGGAGAUGCGCCGAUUAUCCUGGUCUCGCUUUCGGGAGUUCCAUAUUUUCUUCAGAUACAAUGAUGAAAUUCUCGAUAAUUAAAAAUGAGUUGCAGAAUAUAAAGAAUACGGCAUUGAAAAGGGCCGAAUCCGAAGUGGCUGCACUCAACCGUCGUAUCCAACUCUUGGAAGAAGACCUUGAAAGGUCAGAAGAGCGUCUUGCGACCGCAACAGCUAAGUUGGCUGAGGCCAGCCAGGCUGCAGAUGAGUCCGAACGUGCCCGCAAGGUUCUGGAGAACAGGUCGUUGGCCGAUGAGGAGCGUAUGGAUGCCCUGGAGAACCAGCUGAAGGAGGCCAGGUUCCUCGCUGAGGAAGCAGACAAGAAAUACGAUGAGGUGGCUCGUAAGCUGGCCAUGGUCGAGGCGGACCUGGAGCGUGCGGAGGAGCGCGCCGAGGCCGGUGAAUCCAAAAUUGUGGAACUUGAGGAAGAACUCCGUGUUGUUGGUAACAACCUGAAAUCCCUGGAAGUCUCCGAGGAGAAGGCGAUGGCGUCGCGGGAGCACGUCGAGGAUAAGAUUCUCAGCCUCUCGCAGAAAUUCACGCAAGCUGAAGCGCGCGCCGAAUUUGCCGAGCGCUCCGUUCAGAAACUCCAAAAGGAGGUCGACAGGCUUGAAGAUGACCUGAUCAACGAGAUUGAAAAGUACAACGACAUCGGAGAUAACAUUGAUGAUGCAGUCGUGGAACUGAUCCCCGGAGUACAGCCAACACCGAAGCAGCUGGAAAAUGCGGUAAAGAACCGCGCCCAGCAACAGGAGGCCGCUAAGAGGGAGAAAGAGAAAAUGGAGGAAGCGGCAAGGAGAGAGAAAGAGAAACAAGAAGAAGAAGCGAGGAGAGAAAGAGAACGGCAGGAAGAAGAGGCUCGCAGACCUCCACCUCCAGCUGAAUCUGUCCCCGUUGCAACUACAGAGUCCUAAACUUACGGCUCACUAAAACGUUUUAUAUUGCCCAAUUUUAAGCGUCCUUAUUUAAAACAUUAUGGUCUUGUAAAUGUUACUUUGAAAAUAAACAAUGGAAACAUAGCUGAUGGAAUGGUGUUUCGCUAGGCAGACUUCCUUUUGGACUACGACCUUGCCAGCGAGCCGAAUAUAUUGCGUUUUAGACGACCGACCGCGCUGAUUUUAACAGACAAUCUGAACGAACUCAGCACGGAAGUCGAAGACGCAUUUAAAGAACGAAACAUUCUAAAUUCCUGCCCUGAAAACACUUAGACUAAUUCUUAAACAUGUUGCAUUGAAAUAUCUAUACAACAUUCCCUAUUAACUCGCUUUCCCACUUUCACGACAUUCAGAAAGAAGGCUUCCUUACAAUUUGCAUGAAUGCGUUGUGAAGUGCCUUUCGACGUUUUGAGCGAAAGCUUUGAUUUAGUUGAGAGCGACGCAUGGCUUCGAAGUGAAAAGGAACGCGACAUGUAAGCAAACUUUAUUUACUUCUACCACACGCUCUCUCGCAUUAUGUUGCCACUAAUUCGCUUAAAAACUUGACUUAUAGAGUGCGGGGAUUAUCCACGAUAUAUGAGAAAUUAAUAUUGUAACGAUGUACUCUGGCAACUUUAAAAAACCAAAACUACAAGUAUAUAUUACAUGUGUGUACAUAAAUAUACGCAUUUCAUUUAUAAAACAUAUCAUCUGCAUGAAAUGUUUCGAGAAUUAACCAGUGUUGCCAGUAAGUACACGUUAUAAAAAUACCGUUAGGGACAUACAGAUAGGUAAACAGAUAAAUAAUCUGUGGGUAUGAAUCUAAUACGCACGUGUAUUCAGACGAGCUUGUGGCUGAGAAGGAGAAG